CUCGCACGCGAGCACACACGCGCGCUGUAGUCUCACUGCCCACGGCAUGGACGUGCGCACAUUAUAAGGAAUCGGUGUGCUCGGAGUGGCGCAGAAGGCUGCUCCGUCAUGCACUAGGUGGUGUGUGAUGUAAUUUCGCUGCAGAUAUAAAUAUCAUCGGCGAGGGAAAUGUAGCAUGGCUGAGCGGGGCUAGAACGGACGGUCAACAUUUUCCAACUUUUGUGUGAAAACAAAACAGCUUGAACACCAGUCUGAAGUGUAGUGUCUUUUGAGACGAAACCCAUUGAGCGCGACUUCAUGCCGCACACUAGGUUUGACCGUAGCUCUGUCCGUGAGUAAGCUGUUUUAUGCGUCUUUUUGGCUGCCGACACAAUUAUAGAAAAAGACGGCAGUUUGGUCUCUUCAACUCUUUCAGACGCUCAUACCGAUCAGAAGCAUGAGUGUCCAUUCAGCCCUAUUACCAAUAGUUGUCUUAGGACUUAUGACAAGCUCAGUGCGCUGCGCUCCGCUGCCCGGUGGGCAGAACGGACCCGUGGAUCGACGCUGGGAGACCCUCUACUCGCGUUCUCUAGCCCGAAUCCCCGGGGAAAAAAGAGAUAUCAUCCGGGACAGUGAUUAUCUCACGGGCAUUAAAAGACUGCGACGUCUCUACUGCAAUGUUGGCAUCGGGUUUCAUCUCCAAGUAUUACCGGACGGUAGAAUUACUGGCGUGCACAACGAAAACAGUUACAGUCUUCUUGAGAUAUCUCCGGUGGAGAGGGGAGUUGUGACACUGUUUGGCGUCCGGAGCGGGCUAUUCGUGGCCAUGAACAGCAAAGGGAAACUUUUCGGAUCUGUGCAGUUCACAGAUGAAUGCAAGUUCAGAGAAGAGCUUCUUGCAAAUAAUUACAAUGCGUACGAAUCGCUGGCACAUCCCGGGAUGUACAUCGGACUGAGUAAGACUGGAAAAACAAAAAAAGGAAAUCGAGUAUCGACGUCCAUGACGGUGACACAUUUCUUGCCUAGAAUCUGAGCUCGUUUGGAGAAGCGCAAGUCGGAGGAACUGCGAUGCACUUUCUACAAAAAUUACACGUGAAGUUUAGUUUAUGUGUUAUGUAUGUAUAUAUUAGACUAUUUAUCUGUUGGUUUUAUAUUCAUCACAACGUCCUCUUUCGAAGACAACAAAUAAUUUAUUUGCUAUUUGUUAAUUUAUCCUCUUUGCUGCUACCACAUGUUCAUAUACAAGUGAAAUUCCUACAUUGUAAAUUUUAUUUUUUAUUUUUUUGCACUGUUUGUUUGUUCUAAAGCAAUGGCUUUGGAGAGGUAGUCGGUGUAGACGCCAUUUUUAUUUUCUCACGAAUGAAAACAAAGUUUCAAACUUUCACAACAAAUGCUGUCAUUGGGAAAGUUUGUGGAAAGACAUAUUUCAGUUUUGAGUCUGCUGAACGAUCCACCCUAUCAGUCGAAGACUCCGUUUCCAAUCUCGAAAAAUUCAAUAUGGCGUCCACGCUGACUAAGCUCCAUUUGGCCUUCGUUGGAAAGAAUAUGUGAGUCUUAGAUCAAGCCUCCAAUUGUUAAGGUGUAUCAACCCUCACAGUAUUAGCACUGGAGCAAUAUUGUCCAAUGUCUGAGCUCCUUUGUGUGGAGCUCGGAUCUAACUGAAGCAGUAUCGGCUUACUCUAGCGCACUGAAGUUCUACCCCUUCAAAUCUGUUUUUAGCUCUGCUGGGGGGUUGAACUUUGAGCUUAUCUGCAAUCAAUCUUUGUCGCAUCUCUAAGGCUCUGGAAAGAGAGAAGUAGCUUCUUUAACAUAUGGACAUGAAUUGAAAAAAAUCUAAGGCAUUGCAAUGCAGAUACUGUGCCCUGAGCCCCUUUAAAGAGACAUACUGUACAAAGACAGGUCAAGUCAGUCUUUUUGCUGGGUGUCCGGGGAAAUCACUUAUGUUAAAGAACAGUGUUUUUCCAUGGUGGUAACACAGAAACAAAGAAAUGACAGUGUUGUGUGUGCAAAUCAAUGAAGAGUUGAUGUAAAAACAACUUCCACAGUGAGUUACGAGGAGGCACUUUUUUUGUCGUUUUCUACCUCAUGCAGUUUCGAACUGACAGUUUCCUACUUUGAAAAUCAGCUGACAUAGAAUGUUUCGUUUUAAGUUGCUUUUCUGAGUUUUCUGAGGCUACUGCUACUCUGUGAAGUUCUGGCGGCUAUUGCGUCCUAGUUGCGCCUUGUCACGUUUGAGCUAUCUUUACCCUGUGAUAUACUUUUAGAAAGGAUAAUCAUGUUGGAAAUAUUUACAGACAGCUGUUAGUCUAUACUAUAUGCUCAACCAGUAACCCUAUAUUUUUCUUUAUAUAUUUUGUAAAUGUAAUAUGGUGCAAAACUGAGAAGCUGCUUUAAACCUGGUAUACGAUGUUAGUUAAAUUAAGAUAUGAUACAUUCAUGCAGGGAUAAACAAGCUUUCAUUCUUGAACCUUCAAAAACAUUUAUUUGAGAGAUAUUAUCUUUGAAAAAGCAUUCCUUAUUGUCUUCACAAUGGUUAUAGGCCCGCAGGUACACUUCAUUGCAAGAAACUAAAAAUGUACCUAAAUUGAAAAUGAAUGGAUAGUCGUUUGGGCUUCAAGAAGCUCUUAAGAAUGUGUUUAAAAAUUAAAGGAUACUUUUGAGGCUAAACUCACCGACUGACCUCAAAAGCAUGAACACAUUCGCACAGUUUUUUUUUUUUUUGUUUUUUUUUGUAAUCUCAAAGCUGUGAUAUUUCAAUUGUUAUAUGUCCAAAUUUUCCCUGCCUGGAUGUACAGACCAAUUAGUUUCACUUGAUGACUCUGAGCUACCUGAGCUAAUGCUGGAGGAGGGAGGGCUUGUCCCGUGUUUCUCUUUAACACAGCUGUGCCAAACCUCUUUCCAAAUUGACAUGAUUUGCAUCAGUGUGGAUGUUGUUUACAAUAGACCGAAUGGCCAAAGCACAAAGCAUUGGUCUUGAUUUGUUUAACCAAAAAAAAAAAAAAUGCAAUAUCAACCGGCAUGAUCUAGUAGCCUGAGAUUAGUGAAAACUGAACAUGAUCGUCUUUAGGAAGUUUUUUUUUACUGUGUUUAUGAACAGGGAUAUAUGUGGUGUAUUGACUGUAGUUUUAUACAGGUCUUGUUAAAUAUUGUGAUGUAUGUGCUGUGCACAUGAUGAUACCCCUAACUUAAAUGGAAGUUAAUAAAUGUGUAAAUCAUA